AUGCCGUCUAUCACCACUGCCAAGCGCGAGUACGAGGAGCGCCUCGUCGACUGCCUGACCAAGUACAGCUGCGUGCUGUUCGUGGGCAUGGACAACGUCCGCUCGCAGCAGGUGCACGAUGUGCGCCGUGCGCUGCGCGGCAAGGCCGAGUUCAUGAUGGGCAAGAAGACGCUGCAGGCGAAGAUCGUGGAGAAGCGCGCGCAAGCCAAGGACGCAAGCGCCGAGGCGAAGCACUUCAACGAUCAGUGUGAGGAGUACAACCUGCUGAGCGGCAACACCGGCCUCAUCUUCACGAACAACGCUGUCCAGGAGAUCACGUCUGUGCUUGACGCGCACCGCGUGAAGGCUCCGGCGCGUGUCGGAGCGAUUUCCCCAUGCGACGUGAUUGUGCCUGCUGGCAGCACCGGCAUGGAGCCGACCCAGACGUCCUUCUUCCAGGCGCUGAACAUUGCGACGAAGAUUGCCAAGGGUAUGGUGGAGAUCGUGACGGAGAAGAAGGUGCUGAGCGUCGGCGACAAGGUGGACAACUCGACAGCGACGCUGCUGCAAAAGCUGAACAUCAGCCCGUUCUACUACCAAGUGAAUGUGCUGUCCGUGUGGGACCGCGGUGUGCUGUUCACCCGCGAGGACCUGAUGAUGACGGAGGACAUGGUGGAGAAGAUGCUGAUGGACGGCCUGAGCAAUGUUGCGGCGAUGGCGCUGGGUGCUGGCAUCCCGACGCCUUCGACGAUUGGCCCGAUGCUGGUGGACGCCUUCAAGAACCUGCUGGCUGUCUCUGUGGCGACCUCGUACGAGUUCGAGGAGCACAACGGCAAGGAGCUGCGUGAGGCCGCGAUCAACGGCCUGCUGGCCGGCUCUUGCUCGGCUGCUGCGGAGCCCGCCGCUGCCGCGCCGGCCGCCCCUAGCGCCGCUGCCAAGGAGGAGCCGGAGGAAAGCGACGAGGACGACUUCGGCAUGGGCGGUCUCUUCUAA